CUUGUUCUAGACAGUUUCAUCACAGAGCCCUUUGCAGUCCGCUGGGGACAUCAACACGGCUGCUCCUAAAACCUUCACUUAUGCUUAUUUUAUUCUUAAUUUUUUAUGUUUGUAUGUUCUAGAUCAGACGCUGAUAAUGUGGCAAAGUAUAUUGUUUUUUCUCUGCUUCGUCGUUUCACGGGGGACUGCCCACGACAUAAAAGUUGUGUGUGAGGAGCCUGACGCUUUUCCUGAAAUAGACCUGAAUGGCAGUCCAUCUCAGGUGGCAGGCCUAAAAGUGGAACUGGUGACGGUCGGACAUGAACGAAAGCUGAACAUAAGCUGGGCGAUCAACAUCGAUGCUAGUAUUAUUCAUCUGAAGGGCACAAGGGUCAUUUCAGGACAAUUGACCCAUUUCUGUAAAUACAAUCCCGCUUUGACUGAAGCAAACCUUACUGGAUUGGAGAAGGAAUGGUUUUCUUUUUUAGUUGGCGUAGAUUAUGGUUCAUUCCUUGUCACCGUUUAUAAUGAGCCAUUGCCUCCAAAGGGAAGUGGCCCCACAAUACCAACAAAGUCUAUUUGGGUACCUCAUCAACCAACAACAACUGUUACACCGAGUACUACAAAGGCAACUUUGGAGUCUUUGCAAACAACACCAAAUAAUGAGGCACAAUAUGAAGAAGUUAAGACUGUCAGUAGAAUUGUUUUUGGAGUUCUGGCCUCGUUGAUACUUUUGAUUUCCUGCUUUGUUAUAUAUAAGAUGUUUUCGUCAUACUCCGCUUUUGAAAUCCUUCCUGAAGCCCCCAUGACUCCAGUGUCGGUGGUUGUGGUGUAUCCUUCGGUGACGCCGGCCUUUCAACAGGCGGUGGUGGCGCUGGCUGAGUUUCUGCAGUGGCACGGUGGCUGCAGAGUGACGAUUGAUAUGUGGCAGCAGGGGAAAAUUGCAGAACUAGGACCGCUGCGCUGGUUAGCUGAACAAGUAAAGGGUGCAGACCGUGUCCUGAUCGUCUCCCCGCAGGUGGAAACUCCCUCUUCUAUGCUGGCACCCUGCACCCCCACCAGUGGCCUCCCAAAACAUUCCAUCCCAGCUGCAACUGGUGACCUUUACCCUCUGAUUCUCAACAUGGUGGCCAGUCACGCCAGGAGUUCCACUGAGCUGGCCAAGUUCUGGGUGGUGCAGCUGAAUGCGGAAAAGGACAAGAGCUCUUGUGUGCUGCUGCCAGAGCUGCAGACGUGCAGGGCUUUCUGCCUGAUGAAAGAUUUGAACAGACUCUGCAAGAGCCUUCAUUCUCAGAGGAAGGUUGGGAAGAAGAUAUCAUCGCUGUUGUUCAAACACAAGAUUUUGUACAGCCAAAACAGCACAACGAAAUUGAGGGAAGCUGUAGAAAUGCUCAGCGCAAAGAAGCCAGGUAUAUCCAACAGGACCCUAAAUAAAGAUCUUUGUUAAAAGGGUUGAGGAUGAGCUGCAGAUAGAGAUAGGUUUCAUAUUGCAUUUUCUCUGUCCGUGUUACUGUUUUUCUAUCUUUAACAUAUCAACCUCCUAGUUAGCAUUUUAUUCAAUGUUUGAAUAGCAUUAUUUUAUAAAAUCACAUGGGUAAAUUUCCAAAUGAAUGUACUUUGACCAUGACCUUCAGGUACAUUGCUGUCAUUGUUAUUGUAGGAAAUAUAUCCUUGACUUUUAUUUGCUAAGUUGUAUAAUGUAUUUUAGGAGCUGUUCAUUGUCAGUUAUUUUUCUCAUAGGUAUAUUUUGUGAAAUUCUUAACAUGCGGCCUUUCUAAGCAUCUAGACUCUAUGUGUUUUAUUGGGAUUUAUGUGAUGGAGCAACACCAACGGGUGCAUAAUUUUGGAGCAGAAGAGGAAUUGUAUGUUUGUCAAACAUUUUACAAACAAAGACAUUGAAAAGACAGUUCUGUAUCAUUAUUUAACUUUGCUUUGAUACCUCUAAAUCACCCCAUAGAUCCUUAACAUUUUAUGAUUUUUAAGAAGAAAAAACAUUGCUAAAAGAAGCAUUUGGUAGUAGGUCUAUAUCCAAAAUGAAUGUAUGACAGCAAACUAACUGCACAUGAUCACAGCAUUCAAAGUAACAUGUUGACAUGGUGAAUGCCUUUUCUUCAUUACAAGGGUUUAGAUCAGAGCUUAUCUGUGUUAGCCCUGUAAAAAUUCAGCCUUAAUUAUAAUCAAAAAUCUGUGACAAGAUUUGAAAGUUUGAAUUGAAAACAAAGGUAAAAAUAAUAAAGAGGGCUGAAGACAAAUCCAUGCUGUAUUUUUUGCUGUAACCUAUCUUGAGGACCCAAAGGAAUCCUUAGGAAAAUAUUUCCAGUUAUUAAAUUUCAGAGCAUGGAGCCAAGAUGCUACUUGGGAAUAAAACUUGAUAGUUUGUAUCUAUUGGCAACCCUGACUCUUAAAGAGACCAGCAGAGGACAAUAAUACAAUACUUUGAAGUUUGUGGUUGUAUUGCAACAUGUGAAAUGUAGGAAUAAGAAUACUUGUAUGUUUUUUGAUUAAAAUAGUUUAACGUUUAAAAA